AUGGACCCUCAGGAACUUUUCUUCGGCGCCGGCGGCUGUAACAGGCCAUCUCCUAGAAAAGAACUUCAGGGACCUCGUCCAACUGCACUCAAAGUCAACAAAGACUCGCGCAAGAUCAGUAAACCACCAGUUGCGCCGCCCCGUCACCAACCAGCACAAAGACAAGUAGUUCAUCCUCCACCGCAGCAGGUUGAGGACCGGCAGCCGGUGAUAAUCUACGCGGUUUCACCAAAAGUCCAUCACACCACCGUCGGCGACUUUAUGGACUUGGUUCAAAGACUCACAGGCAACUCCACCACCUCCGCAUCCGCAUCUACCUCCUUUACCGGCGACUGCGUCUCUCCGGCAGCAAGGCUAGCAUCCAUAGAGAAAACAAGUCCUUCUGAAAGGCAAAGAGAGAGAGAAUUCACAGUAGAUAAUAUUAUGGAUAUUCUUGAAGACGCUAAUCUUGAUGUGGGUCAAGUUCCCGGAAUAUUAUCUCCUGCGCCAUCAACUCUGCAACCCAUAUCGCCGGGAUUCUUCUCUCCGGCGCCAAUGGACCCGUUUAUGUUCGGGUACAACAUGUUCAUACCAAGCCCAUCAACCUUGUUUUCAGCUCCAAUGGUGUCUCCUUCACUCGCUUCUUUUUCUUUCGAUCUCUUCAAUCCAUUCGACUUUUAG